UGUUGCUGAGAAGAUGGGACACUGAUCCAUAGAGGAGUGCUACAUGCCUUGGAGAUCAGUCUCCACAGCAUGGCUCACUACAUCACAGUGCUGUGAGGGAGAAGGUGUGGAGUGAUGCCUCAACGCUGGUGCAGGCAGGUCCUGCUCAUUAUGGAGCUAAGCAUGCUGGUGGCAGUCCUGGUGGCCGGGAGUGCAGGACAGAUGCAUGAUGGGAGGGAGGCAGGGUCAUCUUGCUACGGAGGAUUUGACCUCUACUUUGUUCUGGACAAGUCUGGCAGCGUGCAACAUUACUGGAACGAGAUAUACUACUUUGUUUACCACCUGGCUCACAAGUUUAUCAGUCCUCAGCUGCGGAUGUCUUUUAUUGUAUUUUCAACAGAAGGAAGGACUCUCAUGGCACUAACAGAAGACAGAGAUCAGAUUCGGGCUGGACUGGAGGAGCUACACAUGGUGCAGCCGGGCGGAGACACCUUCAUGGACAAAGGUUUUCAAAGAGCCAGUGAGCAAAUCUAUUAUGGCACCGGAGAUGGUUACCGCACAGCCAGUGUCAUCAUUGCCCUGACGGAUGGUGAACUGAGAGAAAAUCAGUUUGACCUGGCCCAAAGAGAGGCCAGCAGAGCACGCCAGUUGGGUGCCACUGUGUACUGUGUGGGAGUAAAGGACUUCAAUGAAACCCAGCUUUCAACAAUAGCUGACAGCAAGGACCAUGUUUUCCCUGUGAAUGAUGGAUUUGAGGCGUUACAAGGGGUCAUUGACUCGAUCUUGAAAAGAUCCUGCAUUGAGAUUCUGGCCGUAGAGCCCUCCAGCAUCUGUGAAGGAGAAUCCUUCCAGGUGGUAAUUAAAGGAAAUGGCUUCCUCCAUGCCCGGGAUGUACAGAAAGUUCUGUGCAGCUUCCGCAUCAAUGACACAGUUACUUUGAUGAAAAGGCCUUUGGUGGUGAGAGACACCUACCUUUUGUGCCCAGCUCCAGCUCUGGAAAAAGAAGGAACGUCGGCCACUCUCCACGUCAGCAUGAAUAAUGGCUUGAGCUUCAUAUCGAGCUCGGUCACAAUUACUGCAGUCACUUGUUCUGAUGGGACCUUUGUGGCCAUCGCCCUGCUCAUCCUGCUGCUGCUGCUCACCAUUGCUCUGCUGUGGUGGUUCUGGCCUCUCUGCUGCACUGUGAUCAUUCAUGAGCCACCUCCUCAAGUAAUAGAUAACGACUCUGAUGAUGAGGAUGGCUUUCCAAAAAAGAGGUGGCCCACUGUGGAUGCCUCGUACUAUGGAGGACGUGGCGUUGGUGGCAUCAAAAGAAUGGAGGUUCGCUGGGGAGAUAAAGGCUCUACUGAAGAAGGAGCCAAACUGGAAAAGGCUAAAAAUGCUCGUGUUGUGAUGCCUACACAGGAGUAUGAUCCACCUCUACCAAGGCCGAUCUACAACAUGCACAAAUCUAUCCGCUCUGAGAAGUGGUAUUCUCCCAUUAAGGGCAAACUGGACGCUCUCUGCGUACUCCUAAGAAAAGGCUAUGACAGAGUGUCUGUGAUGCGACCUCAUCCUGGAGAUAAGGGCAGAUGCAUAACGUUCACCCGAAGCAAAUCCUACCCUGCUCCUCGCUAUCCCAUCUACAACCAUCCCUCCACGCCUGUCUACACCAUGCCACACAGAUACCAGCGCCGUCCAUCAGAGGACAGCCACCUCUUCGAUUUGCCCCCGUCACCAACUUCAACACUUCCCCCUCUGCCGGCCAAUCCUCCCCCAUCCUCCACCUGCCCUCCCAUGUACACACCACCCCCAAACAGAGCCCUACCCCUAGCCAACGCAAGCCCAAACUCUGCACCCCCAUCUCCAAAUGGCUCGCUGCCGCCUCCACCUCAGAGUCCACCUCCUUGUAGGGCACCUCCCCCGUCACGCCCUCCUCCACGCCCCAGUCAUGAGAGCCACUGAUGAUGAUCAAGAGUGAAUUUGAGGAGUAGGAUCCAAGCUCAGGAUGGAAACCUGAAAGGACCUUUUCACUGUGCCUCUGGAAAUAAACCUGAACAGAAAAAGAAUUACAGUGACACACUGACUAUAUAAUGUUGCCUUUUGAGGCUGCAGCUCAUAAUUUAACAUCUACACAGUGAAAACCUUCAAUACUUAAAUAUGUUUGGCUCACGCAUGUUGUGGCAUGGGCUAUGAGGUUUUUUUUUUUGUUUUUUUUUAGUGUAGGAAGCGUAGCGUAGCAAGCACAGCUUUGGCUAUUAGAUGCUAUUGGAGCAAAGCAAUUCUUCUAGUGCUUAAGAACAUUUUUUGCUAAUAUCAAAUCAGACAAUUUGGCCAAACCUUGCAAUGUGUUUUGGAGUGGUAUAAACCUGCAUUUUAGCCUUUGCCUGAUGUGAUUUAGAAUUAAUGAGUGAAAAUAAUGACUUUAAAAUGCAAAAAAAUCCCAUGACUUAGCAACUGUGUUGUGCUUUAAACAUCAAAGUUUGUUUGGCAAAUGUAUAUUUUGUGAAUGAAUGUUCAUUAAA